UUUAAGUAACCUCACAUUAGUCCGUACCUACCUAUUACUUCUUAUUGUUAUUCAAUUAAAAUAGACAAUCAUAUGGUUUUAGUAUUGAAUAAAAAUGCGUUUGCUUCGUAUAAAUGGAACAUUUCCUAAAUUAAGGAAACUCAUAUAUAGAAGAUAUGCCCAAGCUAUACAAGCAGAGGAGAGUGAAUACACUGAAGCACCAGUAUAUCCUCCAAUAUUAGACAUGAGCUUACAAGCUAGAAAAUUACGAGAAAGAGAAGCAGUCCAUAAAAAAAUAGAAAAAAUAAAUACGGUCGAAGAAAAACAAAUAGCUUUAAAUAUGCCACGAUAUUACGGUUGGAAAUGCGUUAUACUGAACGACGAUAAAGUACCGUACAAUGCAUUACCUUUGGUGCAACAUUAUACAAGAACGAGUUUUAAUUAUUUGGAUAAGCUUCCGGAUAUUUAUUCGCAGUCGUCGACAGUGGCAGAUGCUGUGGUGCAAGAAAUAAAACCCUAUAUUGAAGAAUGCAUAGCUAUAGAAAAUGAAGGGGUGGAGCAUAAAUUUGCGACAAUUGUUGAUAAACCCGAACAACAACAGAUUGAAAAUGCAAAGACAAGAAAUGUUGUUAGACAAAUAAAUAGAAUAAUAUCAAACAAUUUAACUGAUAAAGUAUCUCAUAUUCUUUCAUCACAGGUUGAUUAUGAUCCUCGUCAUGAAGCAUUCUGGUUCGUUGGUGGAGUUGAUGUCCCAAAUAAUGUAGUUAAUUGGAGGAAGAAAUUUAAAUGGCUAAAAGAUAGAGCACAUGAAUCUCUUGACAGGCCCGUGCAAUACUUGGGUUCUCCGUUGUUAACAAUAAGGAAUCAGUUCCCUUUGAAGCCAGUAAUACCAUACAGUGAAGCUGAAAAUCCAGAAUUUAAGGUGCCAUCGUAUUCCUGUGUACCAGAAACAUUGGGAUAUUAUUCAAACUAUCGACAUGGUACUAAUAUUCCAGGUUUUUGGCCAGGGGAUUGUGAUGAAUUUGGUCUGCUAUCUUAUCACGGCCGUGGUCACCUUCUAGAUAGAAGUGAGUCAUAUGGUGAAGAAGACAACCUGGAAGCACUCCAUUGUCAAGCUAUUAAGGCUAGUUUUGGAUGGCUGUUAGCUCAGGCCAAUUAUAAAGGCUUUACAACUUACAAUGACCUGACUUAUCCAUUAGUGACGCAAGCUAUCAUAACCAAUGGUCAUCUCAUGUCUUUUUAUGUCUAUCAGUUAAAUACAAUUACCAUGCAUAGUGAUAAAGUCGACAAUAACCCUAAAUAUAACAUAUGUUUUGGUACAAAGCCUUUGCCUUUAUAUGAUUCUAUUGAAGAUGGUAAAGUGAAAGGCUUGAAUGAAGGUGUAUUGAAAAUGUUGGUACAAUUUUAUUUAAAUGGCCCAGAAGAAAGAGACCAUGACAUGGCACCGUUCCUAGGCAAGGAAGAACAGAUAAUUGCGGAUAUUGAAGAUGAUAACAGACGCUGUUGGUUAGAAUCAACAUACAAACAUAUAGUUUCAAACAGACCUAAGCAUUUCUUGCCACCGGAACUCUAUCUCUGGGAAAAGAUAUAUAAGAUUAAAUUUAAUACUAGAUUUUUCGAAGCUAAGAGGAAACCAUUUGAAUUUGAUAUUAAUCCAUUCAACAGGCGGCUUGAUGAACAUCUGCCCCCCUAUAUUCCAAAAGUGUUAAGGCCUUAUCCAAGAAGCAAAAAGAAGUUUGAAACAACUUACUACCCAAAAGUAUAAGUUAAUUAAUGUAAUCCAUACUUUACAUCAUUAAAUAAAUUAUAGUCAUAGUCA